AUGACGGCGGCCUCCGCCGGUGCCAACUCCGGAAAGGAAAGGCCACCUCAGAUUCAGUUCUCAGAGGAAGGGGGACGUAGCAAGCCAACACCAAAGUCGUUUCGAGACAUGGUUAUGGCAGGCACCAUGCCGGUACCUGAAAGAUUGAAGGUUGAUCUCUUGGCAAAUAAGCUUGUCAGGAUUGAAUGUGAUGAUGGAAAUCGUUUGCUGCCUCGCGUGUUCGCGGCGGACUCGGUUUUGUCGGCGUUGAGCUCACCGUGGAAGGACUCGUUUAUAGUAAAGCUUCUAGGUAAGCAUCUGGGCUACAACCUUAUGAAACAGAAGCUACAUGCUCUAUGGAAACCACAGGGCGCUUUUGACAUCCUCGAUGUUGACCAUGGUUUCUAUAUGGUGAGAUUUGUGAGUCCGGAGGACAGAGAGAAGGUGCUGCAGGGUAGGCCUUGGGUGAUCUUCAACCACUAUGUGGCGGUAUCAACUUGGACCCCAGAUUUUGUUGCAACUGCGUCAGCGAUCCAUAAAACAAUGGUGUGGAUUCACUUCCCUGGACUUAAUCUAGCUUUUUAUGACGAGAGCUUCCUGCGUGCAAUGGCCACAGCAGUUGGAAAACCUGUGAAGGUGGACACGAGCACGCAGACAUUUAGUCGAGGUCGGUAUGCGAGGGUAUGCGUGGAGAUUGAUCUUAGCUUACCGGUGGUGGGGAAGGUAUGGUUCCGGGACAAUUGGUUUCGGGUCGAGUAUGAAGGGCUCCAUAUUAUUUGUGAUCAAUGUGGGUGCUAUGGUCAUGUACGAUGGGAUUGCGGUCCACGAGAUGAUGGUGCAACGACUUCCCAUGCUAAAAAGCAAGGGCCUGUGAAAGUGGUCGCAGCGCCGGCGACGAAGCGCACUACUGCGAUGGUAGAGAAUGGAGCCAGUGACCUUCCUGGCAAGAAUCAAGGAGCAGUUAUGGAAAUUUCCGUAGAUCACGCAAUUGGUAUGGAAGUUUCUGCAUCACAAGCAUCUGAUUUGGAAGUUGCUGAAACUAAGGCCAAUCUCAUCAUUAUGGAGAAUAAUGAGCCUGCGUUACAUGGAGAUUGGAUGGUGGUUAAAAGCAAGAAGAGCAAAAAAGGUAAUAAUGCACGUCCCUCGGCUAAAGAGGGGGAAAAGGGUAAACAGAAAAGUCAAGCCAUUAAGAAGGAGAAUAUUAAGAAUAAAAGCAAUAAAACUGGUCUUCAUGGCCAAAAGGUGGACCCAGUGAGGCCUCCAGCACCGCCUAAUUUGGCCCUCGCGGCAGUUAACACACCGUCCAAGCGCCGGAGAGGAGAAGAUGGGACACCAGUCAAGCCGGCAACGACUAAGCAGUCGCAGCGCAAGCAUGUAUCGGCAGCGAAAAAGUUUACUCAGAAUGAUCAACACCAUGCAUUAUCCAAAGGUCUGGGUGUUGCUUGUGCGGUACGACAACUUAAUUUUGCCUUGGGACCUCAGAAUAGUGGGGUAACAGCCUCUGAUCCUCCUGAUCAUGGGGACCCCAAUUAG